ACCAAGAUGGCGACGGUCAAAUUGCCAAACUGGAGGCUUCAAGACGUCCACAAACCGAUGAGAGACGUCCCCAUGAAGACAUCCUCUUCUUUACAGUCAUUGGUUCAGAACAGUGAGCUGAGUUUGUUUCUGUCAGGAACCCGGAGAGACGGUGCUGCACCUGGCGGUCCGUAUGGUCGACAGAAACUCCCUCCACAUCGUGGACUUCCUCGCCCAAAACAGUGGAAACCUGGACAAGCAGACAGCCAGAGGAAGCACAGCGCUGCAUUACUGCUGUCUGACGGACAAAAGCGAGUGUCUGAAGCUGCUGCUGAGAGGAAAAGCUUCAGUCUCCAUCACAAACGAAGCGGGAGAGACGCCGCUGGACAUCGCCAAGCGCCUCCGACACCCUCUGUGUGAAGAACAGCUGACUCAGGCUCAGACGGGGAAGUUUAACGUCCACGUCCACGUCGAGUACGAGUGGCGUCUCCAGAACGACGACAUGGACGAGAGCGAGGACGAGAUGGAGGACAAGCCAAUCCCCAACCGGCGUGAGGAGCGUCCGGUCAGCUGCUUCGUGCCGGGCAGCGGCCCCAUGCAGCCCAACCUGGCGGCGUUGGCCCGGGAUGCCGCCUGCCUGGCGAGGGACAAACAGAGGCCUCAGGUGCCGAGCGUGAUGAUCAGCAACGAGACCUACGGCACCAUGAUGGACCUCAACCUCCCGCCACCGGGAGCGACGCCGCCGCUGCCCCCCAGAGGACCCACCAGAGGUCAGACAGGGACGCUACGGCCACGACCGCUUAAAGUUCACUUUACUUCACAAAGAGAGAAAACGUUAUGAAGGAGCAAUAAAUAUCCUGACGUCUUCAGGCUCCUCCCACAGGUCAAAGGUCAACAGCUCUUUUAAAGAGCCACCGGGGGGGGGGGGGCAAGCAUCAGGCUCUGUCUACACGUAUACACAACAUCUUUACGUCUGUCCUCGACCUUUGUUUUACGAAAUAUCUCCGUCCACAUUAGAACACAAUCAGGAGACGACCUCAAAGCUCCAUGUGUUAAAGCUGCA